CUCUACAUGUCUGUCUGCUCAGUUACUCCACCUCUUACAAUGCAAAGCCCCGCCAUGGUAGAUUUCCGUUCUUUGCAAGCUGUUCCGUUCUUCGAUACGCCAAAGACGUCUGAAGCGUCUUGGCCAUGCAAUCGCCCCGCGGGUUCCUCACAAAUCCCUUCUUGUUCCUCAAUGAUAGCCCCGACCUAUUUUUACAAGCGAAACUAUCCACCAUUUUGCACUGAAUUCGCUGGUGUUUUGUCACUUGAUGGCUUUGAUAAGAAUCGUGAAAAUGCAGUUGAAACCACGAUCGAAUCCGGUCCAGAAAUGCCGCCAGUUCUCGAUGGGAUAGCCGUUGUGGUUGGCCAGCACGUUCUCUUCGGUAACAAGACAAACCCCCCUUCAACCAACCGUAGCAGCGAUGGCGAUAGGCCAGGUUUCAUUUCGGUGUCGCAACGUUUCGGGGCGAACAAGAGAGAGCUCGGUAGUAGUGUUUCAGUGCAGAAAAGCUACAGGGGUGUGAGGAAGAGGCCGUGGGGAAGAUGGUCGGCGGAGAUACGCGACCGUGUGGGACGGUGCAGGCACUGGCUAGGCACUUUCGACACGGCAGAGGAGGCUGCACGUGCGUAUGAUGCGGCGGCGAGGCGGCUGAGGGGGUCGAAAGCCAAGACCAACUUCGAAAUUCCAUCGUUUUUGCCAGCUCUGGCAUCACCCUCCACCUCGUCUUCAUCUUCAGAGGCGAAGAAGGUUAAAGGUAAAGCUAAAACAGUGAGGAAAUGCGCAGUGGUGACCUCCGUGGACCAGCUCUUCAGUUCUGAUAGUUUUGGUGGCAAUGAAGGGAAAGGGAAGUUGGGCUUGGUACCUACUGCUAGCAAAGCUACUACGUCAAAUAAGUAAAGAAUGCUGGUUUAAUAUGACGGCCAAUGCCAGCUCCUCCCUAUUAGCAGUUUCUUAAAUUUUACUUUAAUCCUUUGUUUCUUUCUCAAGACUUGUAACCGAAACUAAUGAUGGUGCGUGCCAGGAUACUUUUUUUUGUUUUCCUUUUGCAUGGUGCAUUGAAGCAAAGUACCUAUCUGGGCUUUUUCAGGGUUGUAAGUUGAAAUCUAGGAAGAUAUAUAUAUAUAU